AUGGCGCCGACCCGGUGGGGGAUCGCUGGCAGUGGCAAAAUAUCUUCCGACUUCGUUAACGUCGUCCAGCACCUGAAUGACCCUUACAUGUUAAUCGUGGCGGUUGCCGAUCGCUCCGUUGACUCCGCGCAGAAGUUUGCUGAGAAGUUCAAAGUGAAGAAAUUUUACGGCAGCUUCCAGGCUCUCGCCGAAGAUCNGCCUUUCCAUCUAGAUGUCGUGCACGUCGGGGUUAUCAACUCGUUCCACCUGAGCGUGGGGCAGGCCAUCCUAGCGGGGGGCAAGAACGUGCUUAUGGAGAAACCUCUUGCCGUCAACUUGCAGCAGACGCAGCAACUCAUCGCUGAGGCUAAAGCCUGCAACGUCUUCUUCAUGGAGGGUCUGUGGUCGCGCUUCAUCCCAACUUACACUGAAAUCAAAGCCAGGCUUCAGAGCCAGGAGAUCGGACAAGUCAUGCACGCCUUCGUUUCCUUCGGACUGCCGAUUGCCGACGUUCCGAGGCUCAAGUGA